CGCGGGGCGAGAGAAGCCCAAAGAGGAGGCGCCGAGCGAAGGCAAGGCAGUGCAGCGGGUGGCGCAGCGCUGGGAGCAAAGUGGCUGGAGCCAGGGUGGCGAGCGAGAUGAGCGAUCCGGAGAAAGGCAGCCGCGGGCAGCGGGAGCCGCUCAAGAUCGAUGGCAAUUCCAGCAGCCUUGGGUUUUGUGGCUGGAUCCUGGUUAUAUUUUCAUUCGUACUCGUGGUUGCCACCGCUCCGAUUUCCAUUUGGUUGUGCAUAAAGAUUGUUAAGGAAUAUGAGCGCGCCAUCAUCUUUAGACUUGGUCGUAUCCUAAAAGGAGGUGCAAAGGGGCCAGGGCUGUUUUUUGUCUUGCCUUGUACGGACAACAUCAUCAAAGUGGACAUGAGGACCAUCUCAUUCGAUAUUCCGCCCCAGGAAAUCCUCACCAAAGACUCCGUGACGGUCAACGUGGAUGGAGUAGUCUACUACCGAGUGCAGAAUGCCACGCUCGCCGUAGCCAACAUCACCAAUGCGGACUCGGCGACUCGGCUGCUGGCCCAAACUACUCUCAGGAAUGUGCUGGGGACCAAGAACCUUUCUCAGAUCCUUUCCGAUCGGGAAGAGAUUGCUCACAGCAUGCAGGCCACUUUGGACGAUGCCACGGACGACUGGGGCAUAAAAGUGGAACGCGUGGAAAUCAAGGAUGUGAAGUUACCCGUCCAGCUUCAAAGGGCCAUGGCGGCUGAAGCCGAAGCCGCUCGAGAAGCCAGGGCAAAGGUCAUCGCUGCCGAGGGCGAAAUGAACGCUUCCCGGGCGCUCAAGGAAGCCUCGAUCGUCAUUACGGAGUCUCCCGCCGCCCUCCAGCUCCGCUACCUGCAGACUCUCACCACCAUCGCCGCCGAGAAGAAUUCGACCAUCGUCUUCCCCUUGCCCAUAGACAUGCUGCAAGGGAUUAUGGGAAUGAGACACUAGCGAAGGCGGCAGCCACACGGGUGGAAGAGAGAAGGGCUCUCGGGUGGGGAACUAGGUUUAAACGGCAAAGGUCAGCGAGGGCUAGGAGGGAAAUUGCAAACCAUGUAGAGUUCGUAAGUAUUUGGCAUCAGUUGGAUUCUCGGUGUUGUCCCUCUGAACAAAUAAGAGAAGUCCCAUUUUGCUUUUCCCUCCCACCCACCCCCUGUUCUAAAAAUUAUACAGAUUAACAGAGUUGGAAGGGACCUUGUAGGUCAUCUAAUCCAACCCCACCCCCCAGCAGGAGAUUCUAAUCUACAUCAUUUCUGACAGACGGCACUCCAGUCUCUUCUUGAAAGCUUCCAGGGAUGAAGCUCCCACAACUUCCGAAGGCAACUUCUGUUCCGUGGGUUGAUUGCUCUCAAUGUCAGAAAAUUUCUCCUUAUUGGAAUCUCUCCUUUUAAAGAGAGGUGUCUUUUAUAUACGUACAUCUAUCAUUUUUAACUUAAGCUUUUUCGAAAAGGAAGACAAAAUCUUCCUUUUUAUACAAACUAAUAAUCAAGGAAGUGAAAGAAGAAAAGAAUCAAAGGCAAAACUAAAGAAAAACAGAAAAGGAAGGGAGGGGAAAAAAAGUUACCAAGACGUAACUUCCAAUCUUCUUUUCAGCACUUAUUGCAAUUAUAAAUUCAGCUCUUUCAGUUAUUUACAAAAUAACUCUCUUCUUUCUGUAAGUCUGGCCCGUCUAAUCCUCAAAGCCAUAAAUUAAACGUUUAUUGUUUUUCCUCCUUCGUGCAAAAAAGUCUAUAUGGAAGGCAUUUAAGAGAGAUUGCCUCCCACCUCUUAAAUAUUUGGAGGACGAGUGAAAUAAUUGUUUAGAGUCUAGCUUUUUGAAUUAUUAUUUUUUUUAGAAACAAAAAUAUUUUCUUUGUUUCUCUCUUGGGAGACCGCUUUCCAUACGAGAAGUCAGCUGUUCCAUAGUGGACUCUGUUGUCAAGAGAUUGUAACAACGCACACAGAUCGUAGUUAUGGAGAUAAUGUGCUUGUUUAGCGACUCGUUAUGUUCAGGUUACACACAAAUGUCUGCUUGCCAUGUAACCCAAUAAUCUGGUUUUGCUAUGUACAUUUAAAAAAAAUAUAUAAAAACAGAGAGUUGCUUUUUAAACCGUCUUUAAAAAGAGGAACGUAUUUCAUUUCCUGGUUUUGAUUUUUUUUUUUCUCCCCUCCCACCGGAAAAAUAAAACCAUAAAGAAAAUAAAUCUCAUGGCCAGAAAUGAGGCUGGUGCCUUGGAAUCUUUAGCUGACCUUAAAUUUAUUAUUUCCUAAUAAGCUCAACAUUUAUUUUAAGAUGUCUGUGAUCAGCUGCCUGCAUGGUUAUGUGUCUACCUGAAAGGAAGCUUAGGGCCUCCCCCCGGUGACUGCCUCUAUUUUUCCACAUUCUUGGCAAGUUUAAAGACCAACGAAGACCCCCAUAGGCUUCCUUUCAAUGUUUUUUGUGCUCAAUCUCAGCUUUUUGCUAAUAUACUGUACCGCGCUGAUGUUUUAAGCCCCCUAAUCCCUGUAUAUUUGCAUUGUGUAUUUUGUAAAUUUGAUAUCUGGUUGAAAUUGUAAUCGUUGUAUUCAGCAUUGUGUGCGUUAAGUUUUAAGAACAGGGUAACAGGUUAGAGAAAUCAGAGGCCUGAUCAGAUGAGCACUUAAAAGGCUUUUCAAUUGUCUGAACCAAGGAGCCUGUGUUGAAAUAUUAUAUAUACCAUCCUUCAGAUUCUCCGAAAUUCAAGUGGGGAGCCGGCCACUUUAAUUUCAUGGUUAAUUUUAAUUCCGCUCGCAAUGAUAGAAUCCAAAUGGGAAGCACCCCCGCCCCAAGAAAAAAACACACACACCAAAGAAACUUUUAUUUAAGCCCAUUUACCAAAAGUGCUCUUAAUAUCGUGUGCAAAAGGAAAAAAAAAAAAGAUCAGUGAAAACAUGUCUGAAUUCUAAAGUGUCCUUGUUUAUCAGCUGAUGUUCCAAUAAAAAAAAAAUUUUUUUUCUUCUA